AUGGCAUUGACUGAAGAGAAUGUUGAAAGGGUGCUGGAUAAUGUGCAACCAUAUCUUAUGGCAGAUGGAGGUAAUGUAGAAUUAUAUGAAAUUGAUGGUCUAGUUGUCACAUUGAAACUACAAGGAGCUUGUGGCUCAUGCCCAAGUUCAAUUAAAACUAUGAAGAUGGGAAUAGAAGCACAUGUGAAUGAGAAGAUCCCAAAAUUUGUUGUAGUGAAACAAGUAAUGGAUACAAAAAUGGGACUUGAAUUGACUGAAGAAAAUGUUGAAAAGGGAAGUGUUCAUAAGUCUAUUCCAGAAGUCCUUGGGAUGCCAUCCAAAGGUGAUGAACCAAAAAUUGCAAAACCGGAUGUACAAACAACUAAACCUAUUGCUACAAAUGAUAUUGAUGAUAGUCAGCAGAUUGCAGACUCUAGUGAAGCAGUUCAGGAUCCUCUGAUGAUGAAUGUUGAUUCAGAGAAGAAUGCUGAGGAGGUUGGUAAUAAGGAGGUAGAGGAUGCAUAA